AUGAAUUCCGAGAAGCGCCAGGCUAUUGAUUCCUACUUCAUUUCUUCUAAUAAAAAAUCGCGCACUGAUGAACAACAAACAGAUUCAACUAUGGUUAUUCCUUCCUCACUGUCGAUACCCGAAUUUCAACAGCCUACCACUGCCACCGCUGUUUCAUGUUCCAAAGAUCAAACAACUUCUGAUUCUAUUUCUGACACAUCGUCUUCGUCUCUCGCCAACUCCGUUGGUUUAAACGAGAGCUUCGAAGCAACAUCUAUUCCAAAUGAUAUUAGUAAAUCAUCAUUCGAUCCUCCGGCUCAACCAAAACUAGGAACUUAUCCAGUCAAUCAACAAAAACGAUCCUUUCAAUCUGCUUGGUAUACUGAUAGACAAUGGCUGGAAUAUUCUGUUGAAAAUAAUUCAUGUUUCUGUUACUAUUGUCGACAUUUUUCUUGGAAUAAAUUAG